GAGCGUGAUGAGAGAGAGAGAGAGAGCAUCUGUCUCCGCACACACACACACACACACACACACACACACACACACACACACACACACCUCAGGGAGGAUGCCUCCGUUCAGACAACAGACGAGCUGAACGAGAAUCGGACGGACUGAACCGAUCCACCGACACCGCCUCCAGGAUCUACCGGGCUCAGAGUCACCGGGGCCGGGCCGAACCUCCCGCCGGGCCGAACCUCCUCCCCGUCGGUGUGAUUGUCCUGUGGGUCCCGGAGGACCGGAGGACCGGAGGAGGAUGAAGAAAAGCAACCAGAGCAGACGGGGCGUUCAGGACUCGGGUCAGCAGGCGGUCCAGCAGCCGGACAAAGUGGGCUGGAUCAGGAAGUUCUGCGGCCGAGGGAUCUUCAGAGAACUGUGGAGGAACCGGUUCGUGGUCCUGAGAGGAGACCGGCUCUACGUCUCCGACAAAGAGGUGAAAGAUGAGCGGAAGGCACAGGAAGUGUUUGACCUGGCUGAUUAUGAGCGUUCGGAGGAGCUGAGGAAAGCGAAGAGUCGCAGCAAGAAGAACCACAGCCGCUUCACCCUGCUGCGCUGCCGGCAGCCAGGAAACACUGCUCCCAACCUUUUGUUUCUGGCCGUCAGUCCGGAGGAAAAGGAAUCAUGGGUCAAUGCCCUCAACGUGGCAAUCAUCAAAGCCAAGAACCGCAUUUUAGACGAGGUGACCAUCGAGGAGGACAAUGCACUGGUUCAUCCCACCAGAGACCGGGCCAAGAUCCCUCAUGGCCGCCGGCUGCCGACCAGAGGACACCUCAUGGCCGUGGCAUCCACUUCUUCCCAUGGCAUGCUGACCCUUGACCUGGUUGCUGAAGAAGAUGGUUUCUCUCCGGACUACGAUGGCGACUCGCAGGAAUCCUGGGAGAACAGCUUCCAAGCCGACCUGCAGAUGUCGUGUGGACAGGUUGUCGGAUCUCGGGGUGUCGGAGUUCGUCAGCGAGCUGACACAGAUGUGUCAAAGCUGCGGGUGACCUUGAAGGAACCCAAAGUAAAGACCGGCAGUCUGCCCAGGGGGAGUGAGCGGUCCUGGGGCAAACAGUCUCACCUGGAGGUCUCCAAGGUCCACAAGUCCCAGCAGGUCCUUCAGGCUCAGUCUCGGACACCGCAGCCGGGGAAGAGGUUCAGCAUGCAGGGCCGGAGUCGCUGUGCCUCCAUGGAUGAAGUCCUGUCCUCCAGACCGGCAAUGAUUCGCUCUGAACUGCGCUCCGCUCUGCGUCGAUAUCCAACUGAAGAGGAGGCGGGGGGCAGAGCUUCAGUGCAGCCGGUGGGUCAGCUGCAGAGCCUGAUCGCCCAGAGGAUGCAGAGAGCUCAGGAGCUACUGGAGGAGAUGAGACUGCAGGAGCUGCAGAAAGCAAAGGCAGAGAGAGAACAAGCAGGCAGCUCACCUUAUCUGAAGGGCAUCGACUCCCCUCGCCUCCACCACCUCAGGGGCUCAGACUCUCCUCACUCCAGCAGGUCGUCUGGAUCUCCAAGGAGCAGGAGCAGCGACUCUCCUCGUCUCCGGGGUAAAGACUCUCCUCGUCUGAGAGGGAGAGAGUCUCCUCGAUCCAAAGCAAAGAGGAAUCGCUCCAAAAGGGCCGACUCGCCUCGCUCCAGAGGAUCCCAUUCACCUGCCACUAAAGCAAACAACUCUCCUCCACUGACACCUCGUCUGACUGCCACCGACUCUCCUCAGACGAAGAGCUCCGACGCAGUCCACUCGCCAAAACUCAAGGGAUCAUCCAGCUCCUUUUGUGCCAACAAGGAGGACGGCUCUCCUCAGCAGAAGUCACCUCCAUGCAUCAUAGGAUCCGACUCCUCUCAGCUCAAAGGAUCUGAUUCACCACAAAUCAGCGAAAUUGACUCCCCGAGUCUGGGGAGCAGCAAGGAGUCACCCUGCCUGAGCCAGAAGAACUCCCCAAGUCUUUCUGGAUCCUUUGAGUUCUCGCAGCCCAAAACCCCUGAAAAACACAGCUCGUCUCCACCUCCGCCCUCUUCACCUCCCUCCCUGCUGUUGGAGGAGGACCUGGAGGUGGAGAACAGGCGAGCAGAGGCUGAGCGUCUCCUGGAGGAGGCCGUGUCAUCCUGGAAGGAGGCGCAGGAAGUCCUGCAGGAGGUGAAGGAGCUGCAGAGCCAGACACUGCGGCGACAGCGCAGGAGGACCUACGAGAAGAUGACAACUACAGCGGCAGCAGCUGGGUUGCCCACGGCGACCACGCAAGCAGACGAGGAUGACACACCCACCUCGCCGACGUCGCCUGAGGACGACGACGAGUCCGAGACGCCUUGAUGAGGAUUCUUUUCUAGAAAUAUUUAUUGAAUUUUCUCCAUGGGAGUAGCAGCGUUUCUCAGCAUGCUGAUGCACAAAAGACAGAAUUUGCAUAAUUUUUAAUUCCUAAAACGUUUUUUCAUCAUUUAAUCCAGGGACGGAGGGAUGCACCUGAACACUUAAGCAAUGUGGAUUAUUUUGAAACCAGCGAUACAGUUCUUCCCAGGAGGUUUAAUGACUUUAAUCCUCCACAGUGCACUACACGCCCUCUCUCUUCUGCUGCCCGUUUUAUGCCACAACAGAUGUCACGUUUAAUUUGAGCAGAUUUUAAUGGAGGAGAGGCGCUUCCCUUCACCUUCCCCAACGGUGCUGCGCGCUUUUCUUCUUUGUCUUUUUCUUCUGAAAGUGAAGCGAAAUGCCUCUCCGAUUAUUUCAAAGACUUUUUACCCCCAUGAGGUUUUUUGGAUAUUUGGGGUUUUGUUUUUUUUCCGAGCAAAGAUGUCAACAUUUCUACAAUGGGAGACUUUUUCAAAGUAAAGGCACUGAAGAGCACUAUGUUUGCUACGGGCACGGUGGGGGGGGUUCUUUUUAAGUAAGGGUACACUUAUUAUUGAGAGUUUAAAUAUUUAUUACCUGAUUUAUUUGCUAAUAUGUAUUAAGUCUGCUUGUGUGACAUUUCUGUUGAAACUAGGGAUGAGCGAGUACCAUUAUCUGCAACUACACUAACUGUACUCAACUUAAACUUUAAUGGGCGGGGCUUAAACUUUAAUGGGCGGGGCUUAAACUUUAAUGGACGGGACUUAAACUUUAAUGGGCGGGGCUAUGUCAAAGUUUAAGCCUGAAAUUAUUUCGGGUUGAUCAGAAGUUGCUAUAUUUAUCAGAAAACUAUUAACAGUAUUGAUCUUUAGAGCAGUUUAAGAGAACUUAUUACAGAACAAGUGUUUUCAAUAAAAGUUGCUAUAUUUACAUACAUAUAUUGACACAUUAUCUGGACCUCGCUCAGCCCUUGUUAAAAAGAUCUUAUGAAUUUUCUCUGCUUUGGUUGUAGCCCCAUAUUGAACAGAUUAAUCAAGCUACAACAAAAAUCAGGGAGUUUGUUCACCAACCAAGAGAUAAUAAGCAAUAAUGUCAAUAAGAAAUAAAGAAAAUGUCUUCACUUCACUUCACUGAUCAGCUACGGCUGUAACAUAAACGUGGUCACAUUAACCUGCUCGGAGGCUCCUGUAACACAUUAUUUAAUUAAUGUUCUUGUAUCUUCUGAAGUGGGUUUGUAUGAGGUACACAGUCAGUGUGUUACCUGCAGGAGCAAACAGGAAGUGGAGCAAUGUAUAAUAAUAAUAAUAAUAAUAAUGUAAUUAUAUAAAAACAUAUUUCCAAACAAAUAACUUAAAUUGAAUAAAUUGGAUCUAGUCAGCGAUGAGUGAAGUCAUAGUAUCAUUAGUUGAGUUAGCGUUGUGGUAGCCGCAAUACAAAACUCCCAUAGGGAAAUGGCCGAUUUAAGGCAGCUAGUAAUAAAUUAGUUGAACGUGUUUAUGUUGCAUUUUGUUAGUGUUAAUCCUUUAAAGGGCUCCUAAAAAUAUAUAUUAUUAUUAAAAAUAUUCAGAAUAUUUUCACGGCUAUGUCCAGUUCCUCACUGGAGGGGGCGCUAUGUAUAAGUACCUCAUACAACCGCACUCAGAAACACCAGAACUAUCCCUUUAAAUUAUGAAAUUGAAGCACUGAAAAUAUACAUAAUGAAACAUUCGCGUCACAGAUACAGAAAGGUAGAGACCUCAUUGAUCGCUGCUAUACAUCUGACCUCUGCCAAAUUGCGGACGUCAUAUAAGCAAGUUGAACACUGAGAUUCAGACUGAACUAUAAAAUGAACUGUAACUCCCCCAGUGACUGAAUAAAUCCCAGCAUCAGGUUCAGUUUCUCACCUUUAUAACAAACCAACUCUAAUGAGAAUGUGUUCACAAUGAAGAGAGUAACAGUGGCUUCGGUAGUUCAGUCUGAAUCUCUCUGUUGGUAACUAACGGAUCUUGACCUCUCCAAUAUGGCGACCACGCGGUCAAAUGGAGAAUGCCGUUCUCACAUAAGUCACAGAUUGAAUUUGAUGGAUUUGAGUCUCGCAGACACAAACGAGGAAACGUAGAAUAAAUAAAUACAUUUUACUGAAUCUACAGUUUAUCAAACUAACAUUUAUGGACUCACAAAUAAACAAAAUAAGACCUAAUUAGUGCGACACUGUUAAAAUGCACUUUUAUUUAUUAUAUGGAGGAAGAGCUGUUUUCAGAACGAGCAGCUGAUCAAUAACUAUCUGUUUUACACUUUUUGUGUUGGUUGUUGUAACUUUAAAUAACUGAUCUGAGUUUCUGUCACAAUGUUUAACGGAUGUUUUUUGGUGUUUUUGCACAUUUGUGAGACGAGUAGAAGACGACAGCGACGGGUUGCACACGGCCGUCGUUCUGUGAGUGACGUUGGUGAAUCACUGUAUUAAAAACUGUUCUUUUCUUUUAGUUAAAGAUUUAUAUGUUGAUGUUGUUUGAAUUACUGUAUACAGCAAUGCAUUGUGGGUAAAUGGAGCCACACACACACACAGUUUAUUUUCAGUUUGGAGCAUCCAGACUUGGUUUUCACACAGAAAUAAAAUAAGAUUUAAAUCAGAA